UCGCGCCGGAGGCGUAAGCGGUGGGACUUUGCCCCGGUGCCGGCGCGGAAGCCGCGCGCUCCCGUCCUGCCGCCGCCAUGGCCGCCCCGGGGCCGGCCCGGCUCCUCCGGGCCGCCGCUGCUUCCUCAGAAGAUAAAAUAACUGUUCAUUUCAUAAACCGUGAUGGUGACAAACUAACAGCCAAAGGAAAGCCUGGGGAUUCACUGCUGGAUGUUGUUGUUGAUAAUAAUCUAGACAUAGAUGGCUUUGGUGCAUGUGAAGGAACUCUAGCCUGUUCAACUUGUCAUUUGAUCUUUGAAGACCACAUAUUUGAGAAACUAGAUGCAAUUACUGAUGAAGAGAUGGACAUGCUGGACCUGGCCUAUGGCCUCACAGAAACCUCACGUUUAGGCUGCCAAAUCUGCUUGAAGAAAUCGAUGGAUAAUAUGACUGUUCGAGUACCAGAAGCUGUUGCCGAUGCUAGACAAUCAGUAGAUAUGAGUAAAAACUCCUAAAAGAAAGUAUCUUAGGGGUUUUAAAGAAGCUUAAUUAUUUUUAUAACUUAUUUUUAAAUGUGUAAUUAAAUAUGGAAACUUACAUAAUUGUGAGUUAUUUUAUAUGACUAUCAAUAUUAGAUUAAUGCUAUUUUAAUUUCUUUAUAGAACCUCCUAUAUUUUUACGCUUAAGAUGCAAUAAUACUUCUUAUAACUGAUAUUGGAUUAUAAACGUUAGCAAGUGUAUUACAGAUUUCAUAUAAUAUUAUUCUGCCAAAAUCCUUAAUGACAUUUGAAAACUGGAUCACUUCUGCAAGACUUCUCCUAAAUACCCCUGAGCAUUUCUAGGUUUUUGACCUGGAUAUGUUAGAGAACAAAACAAGACUGCAUGGGGUCUUUUUAAAGUGUUGUCAUUAAAGAUGGUGUGCUCAGAGCUAAUUUGCUUUUUCAGUAAGUAUGAUGCUUCCUCAGCAAAUAGUGGACUUUCAGGUUAGGGAUUUUCCAAACUUUGGAAUCUUAAUGAGAUGUGGCAAAUUUUGUAUUGCAAAAAUACUGUUAAAACCGUGAAAUCUGGGCCCGAUACAGAAUGUUGGCACCUGCAGCUUAAUUGCUGCCGUGCAUCUCUGUUGCCCAAAUAAAAGUCAAUAAACCUCAGUUGAACUGUAUUUACAUUUGACUACACCACAAAUACGGGGAUACCCGUGGCUUAGAAGAGUAAAGCCUUGGUGCUGUCUAAUGGGAGAGUGUGUGCACCUGAGGCAAUUGUAAAUUCUUGCUGUCUCUGAAGAUGUCCGAGUUGGGAUUCAAGAGGGCAAUGUUUGUCAAUGUUAAGAUUUGUUCUGAAAUCUUUGUGUCUCAGUUUUUCGGUUUUGAGCUUGUUCAGGAGGCAGUCUGGGGUUAGCUAGGGCAUUCAUCUUGAAGAGAAUCCUGCACCUUGCUCCCAGGAUCAUUUCAGUAAUGGUUGAUGUGAAAUGACCAAGUAUAUUUAAUCCAUAAAGACACACUAAAUCCCCAUGGUGGGAUAGCAGAGACUGAUGAUGAGCUUUCAGUUGGAUUUUGUUUUUAGUCUUUCUAAAGUAGACCAAAAUAAAAUAAUGUCUCUAAGACUCUUUAUUAUUCUUUCCAGUUUUUGUUGCCUAAAUAAUUAAAUGAAAUGGCUGUCACUAAUACAAUAGUUCUUACCUCUAUAAGGUUGUUUUAAUUUUUUCGCCUUGUUUUUAUGUAUAUAACCUGUUUGUUUAGACUUGAAUGAUCUACUGCAUUCAUUAAUGCCUUAUUUGAACUGGUGACAAUGACAUCUAGACUAUUUGAAUUCUCAUAUUUAUAGGAGAGGAAAAAAUAUUAUUUUUCCAGUGUCAAAUAUUGGGAUUAUUUUGAGCUUUAUAAAGGAAAAAAAAAAUCCCUCUUUGUUAUAAAAAGAAAUAUUUUCUAGAACUGUUGAAAAUAGAUCUAGUUCAGAUGCCUUGAUUUCCUCUCCCAAGAAACUACUCCUUUGUUUCACAGUGUUCCCUUUGGAUUUUCCACUAGAACAAGGUAUGCUUAAUGUGGUCAGGUAAUUUAAUCAUACAGGGUUUUCAAAAUACACUUCCUAUCUCAUAUAAUUCAAAAUAUGACUUCAGAGUUGACAUUUCCUGGCUUUGGAAAGACAGAGUGAGAUCAGGGAGAAUGGAAAUAAAUUGGGGAAAUGUUCUGAAGAUACUGCUGUCUUCCUCUUCAGCUGCUGUCUGACCAUAACUUAGGGGUUACCCUCCCACAGUCAGAUGCUAAGGUAAAUCAGUUCUGACUUUGUUUUGCCUUUGUCCUGAGUUCAUUUCUGUACAGUAAUUAUUAUUAAAUUUUGAACUUUUAUUUUUUAUGUGAGGCAGCUCUUUGGCUUCCAAGAGAGGGAACUCAGAUCAUAAUGAGAUGUACUGUGCAUUCUUACAUAGGAAAGAAAUCUGAGGUUUCGGUAUAGCUGUAGGGUUUGGGGGUAGAUGUUGGUAUUCCUUGGGUUUUGGUUUGGUUGGUGUUUUUUGUUUGUUUUACUUACAGCACCAGGCACUUCUCCUUGUGGGAAUCUCGAAGCGCUUAACACUGUUAAACAAAUGUGAAACAGCUCUCCUGUGACAGUUUUCUCUCUAAGCCAAGGUUGUUUCCUCGUGCAUUUCCUGUGGCAGGUUCUUGUUACAGAGACUUUGCCUCUCCCAUAGUGUGCCUGUGGAAAGAGCUAUUUAGCACAGCAAGGCAAAAAAGGACACUUCAAAGUUCAUUCUGAAUUCUAGAGGUAUCCCAUAUUGCAUGCAAAUGGAAAUCUCAGAAGGCGAAGGGACUGACAUGCAAUCCCCAAAAUGCACAGCUCAGAUACACGUGUCUCCUUAUUGUCAAGAUGAUUUGCCAAUAAAUCUUAUUUUAUACCACUUUCUGA